AUGGCGGCGGAAGAUCUGGAGUGGGAGAGAUCCAAGAUCUCCCACCAAGACAUGAACUUGAUGAAGAAACUCGGGCUCACGAAGACGAAGGACGCACUGCGCUUCCCCAGCGACGAAAGCUAUCCCUCGCCUCCAAUCGAGUAUCGGGUCAGUUUCGUCGAUCAUCUCAUUCGCGGCCUGUCCACCCCCAUUCACGACUUCCUCCGCGCCAAUCUUGCGGAAGCUAACAAACGUGCUGAUGCUCUUGCUCUGCAAUUGGAGCAAAGCGAAAAUGCUCGCAAGAAGGCUGAAUCAAAUGCCGCUGUUAUUGAAGAUCUUCGAAAGAGACUUCACAACGCGGAAAAUUCUUUGAGUGAAAACAUCACUCAACAAACUGCCCGCGAGGAAAGGAUUAUCUCUCGAUUAGAAUCACAGAGCCGACGUUUUGUCAGGAGGACGCAGCAAGAUUAUGAUCUAGAGAAUCCUGAAGGUGAUCGCCUCCUCGACGCGCUCUCCCUUCUUGAGAUCCAUGGAGAUGAAGCAUGCCAUGGUCUUACUGACACGAGAACAGUUCUGUCUCGGCUUUUUCCCUUCCACUUCGCGAAGAAAGAAGAACCCGAGUCUUUUACUGCCCUCGCCCAGUGCUUCAUGUCGAAGGAAGAUCUUGGACCCAGUCUUCGACAAGAAGGCUUGAAGAUUGGUGUUGAAGGCACCAUAGCUUUGGUUGCUAACAGCCAUCAAGAUGUCGACUGGGCCAAAGUUGGUGAUGUGAAGGAUAUGGAGACGAAGAAAUGGCAGUCUUUGAUUAAGGCUGCCAAGCCAAAUUCGAAGAAGAUCCUUGCUUUCCUUGGAUUCAAGCCAACUCCGGCUCCUAGUUCGUCGAAGCCGGAGGUCAAGUAGACCACCUUGUCUUUCUUUUUUCGCUGUACUUUUCUUUUAAUGAUGUCGCCAUAGUAGCUCUGGCGACAACUACCCCAUUAGUUCAGUAGGAACUUUCCUUUGUAAUAGCCAUGUAAACACCUGU